AUGGUCUCAUUCACCAAAACUCUUGGAUUUCUAUUAAUGGCUGGCCUGGCCGCGGCCCAAGACACAGGAGCAAUUGUGUAUCCGACGGAAGGAACAACGUGGAAAGUGGGUCAACAUGUCAAUGUGACCUUUAAAGAAACAGAGCCACCUGUUGAAACCGUAUCCAUCUUCUUUGCCAAUGAUCGAUCCGUCACCCUAGGAGGUGGGCCUCUAACAAAGAAUGUAUUUCCCUUUGACGUACCGGCAGGAGCUGUGAGCCCAGAAGGUGGUACUUCGCUGUUGUUGGCUGUACGUCGAGAAAACUUCCAUCUUCAGACCGUGGAUGCAGUAAAUGUCAAGGUCGUAGCAUGA